AUGACACAAGAUAAUGGUAAUUUUGAUAACAACGAUACCAGCAGUCUCGAUAACAAGCCUCGUAACUCCUUCAAAAAUGUUUCCUUAAUUACCUGGCGCUGUUCUCUAAAGGCCCGAAUGCCGAGUCUCACCUCAUUCCGCUAUCCCGCUCAUCUCCGCCUGCUGCAAUCCCAGGGCGGCAUACCUGUCAACGCUCCCCAACCCGGGGCCUCCAACUCCGAUCCCUGCAACCCGGUCCUCCAAACCGGUUCCCCUCCAGCCCGGAGCCUCCUAACCCGGCCCUCCAGCCCGCUGCCCCUCCAACCGUGCCUCCAAUCCCCGACCUCCAACCUCUGGCCUCCCAACCACGGGCCUUCCACACGCCUGGCCGCUCCAUUACACCGUUCCUCCAACCGGCCUCCAACCCUCCGUCCUUCUCCAACCCUGCGCCUGCCAACCCGCGCCUCCAACCCGUUUCCAUCCAACCACUGGCUCUCAAUCCCGCUUCCUCCCAACCCGCCCGCAAGCCCGUUCCUCCAACCCGACCUCCAACCCGGCCUCCAACCCCUUCUCUCCAACCCGGCCUCCAAACCCGGCCUCCACACCACGUCCUCCAACCCGCGGUUCCCUUCCAACCGGUCGUCCUCCAAAUUACCCGCCCCUGCAACCCGUCCCUCCCAAUCCCGCGACUUCCAACCCGCGGCCUCCAAACCCGUUUCCUCCAACCCGGCCUUCCAACCCGGCCUCCAACCCGUUCCUCAACCCGCGGCCUUACCAAACUCCGCCCUGCAAACCCGCUGCUCUUUCCAACCCCUGCCCUCCAACCGUCCUCCAAUCGUCCUCCAAUCCCCGUCCUCCAACCCGGCCUCCAACGCCGUCGUCUCCAACGCGGCCCUCCAACCCGUUCUCUCCCCGUCCAACCGGCGCUCCAAUCCCGGCGCGGUCUCCACCCGCCCGCAACCCGUCCUCCAACCGAGCCUCCAACCCGCGCCUCCAACCCGUCAUCCUCCAACCCGCGCCUCCAACCCGCUUCCUCAACCCGGCCUUGCCAAACCCCGCUCCUCCAACCCGGUCCUCCAACCCGUAUCCUCCACACCCGGCCUCCAACCCGUCUCCAGCCCUGGGGGCCUCCAACCCGUCCUCCUCCAGCGGCCUCCAACCCUGCCUCCAACCCGGGUACCUCCAAACUCCGUCUCCUUUUCCAACCGCCCCCCUGCUCCUCCACCCGCGGUCCUCCAACCCGGACCUCCAACCUCGUCUCUCAAAUACCGGUCCCUGCCAACCUCGGCCUCCAACCCGCUCCAUCCAACCCCGGCCCUGCAACCGUCUUCCUCCAACCCGACCUCCAACCCGAGCCUCCAAACCCGUCCUCCAACCCUGGCCUCCAACCCGCUUUCUCCUCCCAACCCCGGCGCCUCCAAACCCGUCCUCCAACCCGCGUUCUUCCAACCCGUUUUUUCCUCCAACCCGGGCUCUCCAACCCGGCCUCCAACCCGCCCUGCCAGAGCCCGUCUCCAAUCCCGACCUCCAACCGCGCCUCCAACCCGUCCUCCAAACCCCGGCCCUCCAACCCGCUCCCCUCCAACCCGGCUCCAUACUCCCGUUCUCUCCAACCCUGCUCCCUGCCAACCCGUCCUCCAAACCCCGACCUUCCAACCCGGUCCCUCCAACCCUUCCUUCCAACCCGGGCCUCCAACCCGGCCCUCAACCCGGCCUCCAACCCGCGCCUCCAACCCGCCUUCCAACCCGUCCUCCCAACCCGUCUCUCCAUAUCCCCGGCCUCCAAGUCCGUCCUCCAACCCGACCCUGGGCAACACCGUCCUUCCAACCCUUAACCACUCCAAACCCCGCGCCUCCAACCCGUGUCCUCCGAACCCGGCACUCCGAACCCGUCCUCCCAACCCGGCCUCCAAACCCGUCCUUCCAACCCGCCUGCAACCCGCGUCCUCAACCCCGCCGUCCAACCCGGCCUCCAACCCGCCUCAACCCGUCUCUCCAACCCGGCCUCCAACCCUCCUUCCCCGUCCUCCAACCCGUCCUCCACCCGGCCUCCAACCCGUUCCUCCAACCCGCCCUCCAACCCCCGUCCUCCAACCCGGCCUCCAACCCGUCCUCCAACCCCCCUCCAACCCCCUCCACCCGCCAACCCGGCCUCCAACCCUGCCGCCUCCAAACCCGUCCUCCAACCCGGCCUCCAACCCGUCCUCCAAAAGCCCACCCUGCAACCCGUCCUCCAACCCGACCUCCAACCCGGCCUCCAACCCGUUCCUCCCAACCCGGCCUCCAACCGUCCUCCAAAGCCCGCGCCUCCAACCCGUCCUCCACCCGUGGCCUCCAACCCGUCCCUCGGCCUCCAACCCGGUCCUCCAAAACCCGUUCCUCCAACCGGCCUCCAACCCUCCAAACCCGUCCUCCAACCCGGCCUCCAACCUCCGGCCCUCCAACCCGGACCCUCCAACCCGGCCUCCAAAACCCGACCCGGCCUCCAACCGGCCUCCAACCCGUCCCUCAACCCGCCUUCCAACCCGUCCUCCAACCCGUCUCCAACCCGUCCUCAACCCGCCUCCAAACCCGACCUCCAAACCCGGCCUCCAACCCCGUCGCAACCCGGCUCCAAAACCGUCCUUCUCCAACCCGGCCCCCCUACAACCCCGUCACUCUAACCCGCUCUCCAAACCCGUCCUCCAACCCGGGGCCUUCCAACCCGCUCCUCCACCCGCCCCGCGGCCGUCCAACCCGGCCUCCAACCCGUCCUCCAGCCCGGCCUUCCAACCCGUCCUCCAGCCCGGCCUCCAACCCGGCCUCCAAACCGUCCUCCAACCCGGCCUCCCCAACCCGGCCUCCAACCCGUCCUCCAAACCCGGCCUCCAACCCGUCCUCCAACCUCCCGCCUCCAACCCGGCCUCCAACCGGCCUCCAACCCGGCCGUCCUCCAACCCGGCCUCCAACCCGUCCUCCAACCCGGCCUCCAACCCGUCCUCCAACCCGGCCUCCAACCCCGGCCUCCAACCCGUCCUCCUCCAACCCGUCCUCCGGCCUCCAACCCGGCCUCCAACCCGUCCUCCAACCCGGCACGGCGCCAGGACCCGACUGCAGCAGAAUACGACAGUCCAUCACGCAGAAUCCGGCCCGUAUAUAGCCACGCUCCCGGAGACAAAUUGCACAAAUCCGCGAUUCCGCUGGCUUAAGGACUAA